CAUCGAGCUACCGUACCCCACCGUGGCUGCGUGGAGAUGAAAUCCUCAACUUCAAGGUUCAAGCUUAGGUAAGAUGCCUUAAGUUCUAGAACCCCACUACCUUUUACUGCUACCCUUAUUAUUCUUACUCUUUACAACGUAAUACUGUAACUCCAUCUGUUUUCCCAACAACCAACGUCCAGGCUCUCUGGCCAUCCAUCAUACAGAUAUGGAUAUUACCAACUUCAUAGUCACGGCUAGGAACCAGGCCUUGCUCUAUGGGGAUUAUAGCACCUACCAUAGGCAGUUGGUAAAGAAACUCCACAAUUGUCGAAAAAGGUUGAAUAUUGCGACAAGAAAUCGAAGCAAGUUCAGCAAGAAGGAUCCCAUAUCGGCCGAGAAGCUAUCAGAGAAUCAUGAGUUUCUUCACCUUCAAUUGUUCACAGCCGAACGUGCUUGGGCACAUGCUAUGAGGUUCAAAGCUGUCCACUCAUCCGACACCAAACGCAUUACCGGUAGAACUCGUUCUCAUAUCAUCUCAAGACUUGAUAAGGCCGCGCGAGCCGCUGAACAGCUGGUCGUUGCCCUGUCUGAUACUUCAACAACUGGAGCCAGCGAUACUGAUGUACUGGAAGCACGUGCGUAUGCAUCCAUGAUUCGGGGUGCCACCCAAUUUGAAAAACAAAGCUGGGAGCCUUGCCUACGAAGCUAUGCGACUGCUCGUAUCAUAUACAUCGCAUUAUCUACCUCGAUGAGCGGGGAUAUAUUCAAAGAUCUAUUGUCUGACACCAUUGAUCCUUCUAUUCGAUUUGCUGCCUAUCAGAGCAAGGUCCCAAGGACCUUGGCAAUAGCUACUAUCGCAAGAAAGGCUUUCCCUUCUUCUGAUUCUGAUCUGGUUGCUCAGAUUAAUAAGCUGGACUCAGAAUUGCUCAACCAGAGUGAGUCUGAUGCUCAAAAAGGCCAGGUUGGCGCUCCGAACGCACCUCAGACCAUUACAUGGAGGUCCCGAGAAGUCAAGAUUGAAGACGCAGCCAUUGCUCUUGCUCUAGCGUCAACUGAUACGGCGACUGCUCGGUUGGCAGAGAAGCUAGCAUCUUCUGACGUUAUAUUGCCCAAGGAGAUGGCGGCGGCGUAUGAUGAAGUACUGAUCGCAAGCCAAGAUGCCGCAGAUGCUACGAAACAUGCCAUUGACGAACUAAAGGAGGAAGGCGUAUCGCAAAACGAUCCUCGAAUCCAGAGUCUGCAGAUAACUCGUACAGCUGUUAAUUAUCACAUGAUUAGCUGGAGAAUCGGUCGUAAUCGGGUGUUGAGCGGUGAGCAUGACGGCGCUCUUCUAGACUCGGCGCCUACCACUACUCGAAAAUCCAAGAAAGACGCCAGCUCUCGAAAACCCAAAAUAGAACCAACUGGUAGAAAAAUCUCCCGCCUCAAAGACAAAGUGGUCCUUUACGACUCUACGUUACAAAGUAUCGAUUCGAUCAAGGAAUUGCCUGGUGUUGCCGCCGAUGAAGAACUACUAGAACAACUAAAUGCCACUGCCAAAUACUUCCAGGCUCUCAAGUGUCUCACGAUUGCACGGUCACACUCAUUAACCAGCCAAUCCCUUAAUGCUUUGGUUCUUACCAAGCAUGCAUUUGAUGAAUGUGAACAGGCUACCGCGUUCUUCUCUAGCCAUGACAAUUCUUCUUCAGAUACCUCCCCUCACAAUAUUGAGAUUCGUCAAGCUGAGAUACAGUUUCUUCACGAAUUGUUGAAGGGGGAAGUACAGAGAUGCCGCGCAAUUGUCGAAAUAGAUAAUAUACAGCAAAAGGCAGCGAACGCAACAUCAUCAAACGCCAAGGUCCCACUAAUACAGCGCCUAUUUGAGUACCCAUCAGGGGGAGCGGACCUGGAAAAUCUUGUGGUUUAUCCACCCAAGGUAGAGGCUAUCCCAGUGAAGCCUUUAUUCUUCGACGUUGCUUGGAAUUACAUUGAUUACCCUCGAAAGGCACCAGCGCCUACCCUCGAGUCUGAACAAAGGUCAGAGCAGACAGCCCAGUCACAGAAGAGAGGAUGGUUUGGGUUUGGGAGAUAGUGUCCUCUAACCCAUUAGCUACCUACCUACCUGGGUACCUACCUAUACUUUACGUAAAGCAAAUCUUGAUCUAAUAGAAUCAGAGGUAUUUUUAACUACUCCUCAAUACUUAGCCUUUGUAUUCCCUUUCGUGACUAUUAAUGUAACUCUCCUCCCUGGGUCAA